UUAGUGCAUUGUUAAUAAUAAAUGUGACAUUAUAACCUUUCAAUAAUAAUCCUUCUAAUAAAGUAUAUAACAAUAUGUAGAUCUAUGCAGGUUAUGUGAUAUCUCAUAACUAUAGGUACCUAAAUGCAUUUUUAGAUUAUAGAAAUUAUUUAAAACAAAUUAAUACAAAAAACAAAGCUUCAAAAAAACGUAUCAUGAUUGAACAUACAGAAAAUUCUGUAGUUUAUAAUCAAGUUUUAAGAAACAUGAACACUGGAAAUAUAUUUUACAUGCCAUUAACUUCUUUCGCUGAGAUGUGGUACCAAAUAUUCCUAUGGGCAUUAUUCUCUUCUAUAUUUGUUCACAUGAUAGCCGGUACAAUUUGUUUCGCUACUUUACGACAACAUAAAUAUGGAAAAUUUUUCCCACUUCUUAUAAUUAUAAUGGGCAUAUUGCUACCAUUAACAUCAGGUGUAUUAAGCUCCGCUGCUGUUGCAUUUGUUUAUCGUGCAUCAAGUCAUCAGAUGCCACCAUUAUAUGCAUUAGUAUGGGGGAUUGGCCAAACAGUCGUUGCUGCUUGUGUUGGAUUUACUAGAAUCUUAGCAACUUUAUAAUAUACAUGUAUAUAAAAUAUAAUUAGAUAAUAACAAAGAAUAUAAACAACUAUAACAUAA